GGGGGCUGUCAGCCUGCUCUCCCCGUCUCCGACUUUCUUCAGACUUCCCGCCUGGAAAAGUGCACAGCCUUGGUUGAUGAGCUUCUGAAUAUCUGCAUUUUACCUUGACUAUCAUGACGACCGACAUGGAAGGUUACACCAUUCGUCGGAACAAUUCCUGUCUCAGUGAUGAAGUAGGGUGCGGCAAGACAUGGGAUGACUGGCACGCCUGCUGUCCCCACGGGUCCUACUGUCCCGGCUCGCGGUAUUCGGUCGCAAACAAUGUCUGCUGCCCGAGCUGGACUGACUGUACGGCCGACAUUGAUCCGCCGGCAUGUGCUAACAGCACCUGGAGUAUGUAUAACUACACUGGGUAUUUCUGCUGUUCCGAAGAUCAGAGCGGCUUCAUGCUGAAGGGGACGGAUUGGGUGGGCUGUUUGGACUCCGACUCCCCGGGAAAUGCCAGUUAUAGCGCACUCAAAUUGAUCAGUUACGUGCAACAUCAACGCCGACAUCGACAUCUACUUUGAACGCUACAGCAACGACAACGUCAUCCGCCACCUCAGCUCCAAAUUCAGACAGCUCAUCACAUACCAACACUGGUACUAUAGCAGGUGGUGUAGUGGGUAGUGUCAUCAGAGUAGCUGCGAUCACUGCACUUCUCUUCUUUUUCAUGAGACAUUCAAGAAAGCCAGUACCGCAGCCCCCGCCGCAGGGCCUG